AUUAAAGAGCUGCGUGUGCGGAAACAGCGCUGCACAGAAAGAAGCCGCGUUUUAAUCGUGUUCCGGUUAGCCGCUCGCUAACGCUCUGGGUGUUUCCCAAACACGCGUGUGGACCCUACACUACAACACUACGGAGGCAGCGCGACAGCGGCUCCUGCUGCAGCCUAUCAAGUGCACUUUGUGUUAUUAAAGGGGCGUGGUUUGGGAUUCGGCCCAUUGUUGCUCGACCUCAAGAAGCAGGUGAGAGAGCUCGGGUUCCACACUCGGGUUCCCUGGAACACUCUGCACCGCUUCCCCGGAAAAUAAUGCUAUGACAUGGUCCAUUACGGUCACUCUAACCAGUUGCGGCAGGCGAAGGCAAUGGGCGAUUACCUCGUGGUGGGAGUUCACACAGACGGAGAGAUAGUGAAGCACAAGGGCCCACCCGUGUUCACUCAGGAGGAGCGCUAUAAAAUGGUGCGAGCCAUAAAGUGGGUGGACGAGAUCGUCGAGGGAGCGCCGUACGUCACCACGCUGGAGACGCUCGACAAGUACAACUGCGAUUUCUGCGUGCACGGAGAUGACAUCACGUUAACAGUGGAUGGAAAGGACACGUAUGAGGAAGUGAAACGUGCAGAUCGGUACAGGGAAUGCAGACGCACACAGGGUGUGUCCACGACAGAUCUGGUGGGCCGCAUGCUGCUGAUGACUAAAGCUCAUCAUGCCAACAUGGAUAACAAGGAAUACAAGCAGCAUACUGAUAACUUUGGAAAGGGUCCUAAAGGCCAUAGCCCCUGGACUGGCGUGUCUCAGUUCCUCCAGACGUCUCAGAAGAUCAUCCAGUUUGCGUCGGGUAAAGAGCCGCAGCCUGGAGACACCAUCAUUUACGUCGCCGGAGCGUUCGACCUCUUCCACAUCGGUCACCUGGAUUUCCUGGAGACGGUGUUCAAACAAGCCGAGAGACCCUACAUCAUCGUCGGACUGCACUUUGACCAGGAAGUGAACCGCUACAAAGGGAAGAACUACCCAAUUAUGAACAUCCACGAGAGAACUUUGAGUGUACUGGCUUGUCGGUACGUGUCAGAAGUGGUGAUCGGAGCGCCGUACGCCGUGGGCAAAGACCUCCUGGAUCACUUUAAGGUCGACCUGGUGUGUCAUGGAAAAACGGAGGUUUUCCCAGAUAAGGAUGGCUCUGACCCCUACGCUGAGCCGAGGAAGCGAGGAAUAUUCCGGAUCUUGGAUAGCGAGAACGGCCUCACCACUGACGACAUUGUACAGAGGAUCAUCGCUCACAGGCUGCAGUUUGAGGAAAGGAACCAGAAGAAGGAGGCGAAGGAGCUGGCUGUGUUUGAGGCUCUGAAGCACAAAAGCGAUGGAGAGAAAAGCGAAGCCGCUGCUCAGUAACCGAGACGAACUACAAAAAAAAAAAAAACAAGACUCAACCAAAGGGCUUGAAAACGUUCUCUUUUCUCUUCUCCUGCUUCUCACUGUCUCCGUCGGCAUUUAACACAUCGCAGUGCCAGUCGUGUCCGUUAGGGGGCGCUCUAGUUUUUAAAAAUUUUAGCUAGCAAAUGAAGGCAAAGCUCUGAUAGCUGGAAAAGUGCAGAGCUUUGUUACUGAUAACGUUCACACUAGCAAGUGACAAGUCGCUCAUGUGGCUUUUGGGCGUAGCCCAUCCGUUUUUAACAAUAGUAGCUAUAUACAGCUUCUAAAGCUAGCUAGUUAAACACAAAUGAAAAAUAAUGCGUGUGAAAAUCAGUUGUUUGAUUUAUAUUUUAGCCUUCAUUCUCCCCAGAGGCGUCAACGAUCCUUGCUACUUCCUUCCUUCAUGUCUCGGUCCAUGUUUAAUGAGAGGUCGCAUACGACAGGAUAGGACGAAAGUUCUUUCUUUCGUUUUUGUGUCAAACAGUAAACGGGAGCUAAUUGUGAGGAGGGAACUGAAUAAACAUAGGACUGAGCGCGAUAUAGGAUUGUUCCGAGGAAUCGUUCGAGGCGAUUGUUUGAACUUUGCGGCUUGCUGGUGUGAACGUAAUGCACCCUGUUUACCCAAAACGCCUUAACAGCUGGCCAGGAUGUGUGAGUGCAAAUAUUUAUUGUUAAAAAAAAAAAAAAGUCCUUUUGACGGCAUUGGCUCGUCCUUCUGUAAUGGAAGGAGAGAAAAUUAUUUAAUGCUACCUGUUAAAUGGGUGCAAAUUUUUAAUCCGAUGUUUAGUCUCUCUGUCUGAGAGCUUUGUAAAAACUCCUCAUCGUGCGUGUGGUGCGUGUUUCAGUCUCUUCACUGCAGCAGUGCAGAACACUCACUAUUUUUUAUUUUAUUUUGUUUAGUGUCAGUUUUCUGGUUGUGGGGAGCGUGCGAACCGUGAGCUGCACUGUUUAUAAGCGCGUAUAAUUGCUCACAAAACUGUUAAUUGCGAAUAGGUUUUAAUGGAAUGUGGUGUUCCUAAUGGUUCCUGAAGCUUGAGUUGUGGUGUCGUUUCAUAGCCACCUGGAAACCUCUAAUGGAGCCCAUUAAGCCAGUUCCCGUUACAUAAUGGAAACCAUUACAGAUUUUCUUGUGGAUUGUAAUUCUGGCUAACAGAAUGCUAAUGAAAGGCAAUCAGUGCUACAGCAUCAGGUUUUUGUUUUUUUUGUGGAAUAUUUCUGUACUACUGUUUCUUCUCACUUGAGUGCUUUAAAACAGCUUGACCUCUGACCUCAAGUUUUUAACUGGGGAAUGGAUGCUGCAUUCAAGCAGGUCGUCGGAAAUUUCUGACCCUUUAGUUAGGAAAAGUUAUUUGGACGCCACUCAAACUCUCAAUUCCCCACACAGAACUUCAAAGAUUUUAUCUUUUCUGUUUCGGGGAUAAACACAAAUCCUCCAUCUUGUACUGUAAAGCAGGGGUUCAAAAGUUUAGCAUCCAGGAAAUGCUUUGACUGUUAAGAUAUUUAUGAACAUAAUAAUAAUAAUAAUAAUAAUAAUAAUACGAGCCUUUGACUAUGUUUCACAGAAUGCACUUUGAAAACUUUGGCCCUAAAGAGGUUCUUCAGUUUAUCUAUCUGGGAAAAUGUUCGAGGUAGAACCCUAAGCCACUUUCUAAAAGUUCUCAAAAUUAAUUGUUAUAUCAGGGAAGUUUGAGGAAAGGUCCCAAGUAGAACCCCUUUUAAGAUGCGAGAACUGUUCCCCACACAAAGAAUCCUUGAGGAACCCUUUUUCUAAUAGCAAAGAGAGUUUUUAAAACCUUUUUUAAACAAUUUUUUUUAAAUAACUAAAUACAUGGUGAUCCUUUUUAUCCAUGGAGACCUUUUCAUAAGCAAAUAAAUAGACAAAAAAAAAAAAAAAUGAUGUUACCGGGGAUAUAUUGUAGGGGGAAAACUCACUUUUUCAGAGCUUGUGCACAAACAUUUGGGUAUCUAGAGCUGACCAAUCCACACGGUCAGUUUCUUUUGUGCUGCUUAUUUCGGAAAACGUGAGCUUCAACAAGCUGCUCAGAUUCGGCUCCUCUUUCUAUAGGGGUGUUCACACGGCACAUAUUUGCAUCGAUGCUGCACCGAUGUAUUUUGUUGCGAUAUAUCUUACACCGGUGUCAAUUUUGUGGAGCGUUCACACGUCACAAACCUGCUUACUAGAGAGAAGCGUGUUCGCACCGGUGCAGCCCCACUUGCGUUCACACGGCAGUUUUUGCGACCGUGCUAUACGAUAGUAAUAAUGCGGAAAUGAAAUAUGCGCACGCGUGAAAAUGUACUUCCUUUUCCCGGUUGUCAUGGCAUCACCAAGCGCCAGGAAAACAACGUGGAUGAAGACACCAGUGUUGCCAGAUACUGCUGACGUUUUCCAGCCCAAAAUAUGUUCAAAUCCGCCAAAAUGCACUUAAAACCGCCCAAUCUGGCAACACUGGAAGACACGCAGUUCUGUUGUUGAUAUUCGCCAUUUUGGAAGCGCAAAAUACCAGGAUGCAAUGCCCGUAUGUAAUCAACUCUCCUCACGCGUAGCGAGUCUACCCCUGUAGCGUUCAGACGUCCCAUUUUAUAUCGGUGCUGCCCCGCAAACUAGCAUUUACUCCGGAGUAAAUUUCUUAAACCGCCUCCCGAGCAGGGUUAGAUUUGCACCGCUUUAAGCAGCUUUCAGGGGCUACACCGGUAUAACUUUGUACCGUGUGAACGCUCUAUCGGGGCAGCCCCGGUGCUACACCGGAGUAAAAGUUGCCGUGUGAACACCCCUUAAGUCACAAGUGGAGCUCAUUAGGAUUAUCCCACCCCCUUGUCCGAGUAGCUCCACUCAAGACUUAGAACUGCCUUUUGGUAAUGAAUAUUCACGAAGAAAAUGCCACAUGACUGGCCAGUGGGCAAGAGGGGUGGGGUGAGCAGUGGCUCAUUGUCAUUUAAAGGAACAGGCGCUCAGACCAGGGCUGUUUAGACAGUGAGAUGGUGCUGUGGUGUUUAAUCCUUGUGGUGUUUUGACCAAAGCAAGUCAUUUCAUGAAGACCUCAGGGAACAGUCAGCUUGUGGAAAAGGAGGAUAAUAUGUUCCCUUUCAAACAAGCAUGACUUCACAGUGAGUGUCCAUUUUGUUUCCCAACCUUCAACAGCUUGAGGUUGCACAAAGCAUAAAAAAAAAUUCCCAGUUUUUCUGAACGCAGUUUUUUUUUUUUUUUUUUUUUUUUAGAAUGAGGAGGAUUGCUUUACAACCAGCUUUUAUUCUUCUUUCCCGUUCUCCAUAUUAUAUAAAAAAAAAUAAAUGCAACAGCGAUUAACAGCCCAGAUGAAAGGUCCAUUGUGACUUAUUUCUAAUUUAAACCAAUAGAAUUUUAGUUCUACAGGGUCGCAGGCAAGCUGGAGCCUAUCCCAGCUGACUACGGGCGUAGAACAGGAUAAAGCGGCUAGAGAUAAUGAGAUGAGAGUUUUAGUUCAGAGGUUGGGCUACUUUAACACGUUCACUCUUUAGCACUGAGUGGUGAUGGUGAAGAUUAUCACUUGAAGAAACAAAGCUAAUGAAUGUUCAGCUCAUGAAUUUGCUAUAUUUAUUAUAUCUGCAUUUAUCAGGUUGUGCUUUUGCAUUGUUUUGGUGUGGGUUUUUAUUUAUUUUUUUAAAUCUUGGUACCAGACAUCACUGUUCAUAUGAACAACAUGCAAAACACAAUGUCUGUGUUUUUGUAUUCACACUCAGACUUCUAAUACAAUACCAGUUUUAGCACGCCUUCAUCUUUUCUUUAAUCCCUGACCAUAUUACUGUCCAUUUAAAUAUUCAGUCGCAUGAAGGGAAGUUUGUAUGGAGGCAGAAAGUAGACUUCAUAAGCACAGUUUCUCCACAAAAGACUUUCGAUUCAAUUAUCAUUUCUCUGGAAAUCAAACAGCUCAAGAAAACACAAUUUUAUUUAUUGUUUUUUUUAAAUGUAUUUAUAUUAUAAGUGAAUGAACAUGCAGAGUGAACACUUCAUAUCUCUUAGAGAGUAAAUAAGUUCAGUUCGUUUGUAUUGGGUAAAUGAUUUCCUUUUAAUUUUCAUUUGAGUCCCCCUGUCACACGUAUUAAUUACUGAUCUCAUAAACACACCAAUAAAACACAUACCAAGAACAUUUCUGUGCUGGAUGAGUGCUUUUUCACAGAAUACACUUUAUUCUCAUUGUGGUAAAUAUCUAAUGGGCUCUGAAAUAACUCUACUAGUUGAUGCAUCACAUUUGGAGGUAUACAUAGAAUUUAUUUUCUUCCAGUUUUAAAAAUUAGUUGUGAUCUAUUUCUUGUGUAACCAAUAAAAUUCCAAUAUUUUC